AGGCUUAGCCUACCACGCUCUUUUAACAGCACCAACUCUCGUCUUCACUCUUUUCGACUCCUCCUCGCACCACCGACUACUCUUGUCGCUCCAUCCGCUCUCACGCAAAGCAACACAGAUACUCACAAUGCGCUUCUCCGCCUCCGCCGUCCUGGCCUUUGCUGCCUCCGUCCUUGCCCAGACCCCUGGCUUUGACCCCAUCUACACUCCCGGCCUCAACCAGGAGGUCCCCGCCGGCAAGACCUUUGAGAUCACCUGGCAGGCCACAGACCCCUACAAGGAUGCCAACAUCAAGAUCAGCCUGAUCGGUGGCGCCAGCCAGGGCACCCAGCAGCCCAUCAAGGACAUCGCCUCCGGCGUCAAGAACUCUGCUCAGAGCUUCAGCUGGGCUGUCGACGCCUCUCUCGGCGCCGACGCCGUCUACGGUCUCAUCAUCUCUCUCGCGGACAACUCCGACGUCUUCCAGUACUCUACCCCCUUCCAGAUCACCCAGGCUGAGGCCGACAACACCGAGGCGGCCAGCACCGAGGCGAGCCAGUCCACCGUCGUCAAGACCACCGCUGAGGGCAUCAAGACCAUCUCCCUGACCUCGUGCCCGCCUGCCGAGCCCACCGUGCCCACCAUGGCUCCCAUCGUCACCCCCUCCAGCUUCCCCCACGCCAACACCACCUCCAUCUGGGUCACCUCCACCGUCAAGUGCACUGCCUGCGAGCACGUCCCCAGCCAGCCUCCCGCCGUUCCCACCACCGAGGUCUACGUGCCCGAGCCCAUCCCGGAGCCUUCCUACUCGGGCAUCAACCCCUCUCCCGUCCCCGAGGAGCCUACCACCACUCCUGUCCCCGUCCCUGGCGCUGCCAACGCCAUGGUCGCCGGCCCUCUCGCCAUCUUCGGUGGUCUCGCUGUCGCCAUGCUCGCUCUGUAAGCGGGUUGACCCUCUCCUAACCUCGACAACUCUUCACACCAAGGCGUUUUUUUGUUCUGGCAUAUUCGUGGGAGGAAGUUUGGAUGGGUCUCACUAUCAUGAGCUUUUCUUGCACAUAGCUUUUUGGAUCUAUGCGCGAGCGGUCUGCCAAGCAGGUUGCUUCCGAGAGUACGAAUACACUUUGGCCCUUUGAUAUGACUUGCUACCCAUGCAGUAAUGAAAUGCUAUGACUCUUGCGUGUUCAUCUUGCUUGUCUCAUCUCUGGUAUGACGUCUCAAAAGUAUUGUCUCUUGAUGAGGAAAUAUCGAAUUCAACCUCGUCUCCUUUCGUAUCACUGCGAGGACC